AUGUCUGCUGACAGGUCGAUGCGCAAAAGGCAAAUCGGAGUGGUCAUUCGUACAGACCAGAUACCCUCCGCUGCUUUACCAACGGCACUCCCAGAAUUAACCAGCGGGUCGAAUUCGCCGUCAACUUCUUCUGUGGAUACCAUGUCGGAUAUCGAGUCCGUGGCGAUGUAUGGCCCGGCACUCAGAAGGAGACAGAUGUCCGGCGUCGACUUUCCAGAGAGGAGCGCACAUGUACCGGAGUUGGCGAGAGAUCAUGGACGAAGUCCGAUUAUCUCAGGAGGUUCUACCGUGGGAAGACCACAGUCUCAGAGAUCGACAUCCUCGUGGAGCACGACAGCGGCAUCACAGAUCUCUGGGGAUCCGUCCUUGGAGGAACCGAAUCGGCGUGGCUCGGUCGAUGGGAGGAAGGAAGUGGAGACUGCUUCGUUCGGAACGUAUAUCUGCCUCUUUCAUCCACUGGACUGUCAUGAUGUCUUUGAAGACGAGACAGAGUGGCGGAUUCACGUUCUGAGUCAUUUUCGUACUCAUCCAACACCAAAAACAGCACGAUGUCCCAUCUGUCCCGACACCGAGUUUGUCGACCAGGACCUGCUUCCCGACCGGUCGUCUGACAUGUCCGGCUGGAGCUCGACCACGGAGCAAGAUGAGUCCAGCGUGUUCUCGACCAGCGAACGGGUCUGCUCAGCCUGGGAUCGUAUGCUCAGCCAUGUUGCCACAGAGCAUUAUCAGCAUGGCCAAACGCUGGCCGGAAGUAGACCAGACUUUGAGCUCAUGCGCUACAUGUAUGGACGGCGGAUCAUCACCGAUGCUCAGUUCAAAGCGAUUCAGCUUGCGCCAGCACCGUCGAGUCCGGCAUAUCACCGCUCACAAGACGGAGUGCGGGCGAGUAUUGGCUCUGCAGACGAGCCGUACUAUGCGCCGUAUAGUCGCCGACGCGAGGACAGAAUGCGUGGACAACAAAGGGGGGUCAGUCUUGUGCUUUGA